GAAAAGUGAAGUCGAAGUGGCAAGCGAAAUAUUUGUGUUUUAAUGAAACGUUACAAAUUACAACACUAACGAAUACGAAAUAAAUUAAAUAUAAAUACGAUUGGUAUUAAGGAACAUAAAAAGGAACUAACUGUAUAUGCACGCAUAAUUUCUAAGGACUUUGAAAACGAAGACUUCUAUUAAAAGAAAAUUGGAUAUUGAGAGUUUUUUUUCACGAAAAUCUCAUUCAACGACAUUCUCAGUGGCGAAGUGAAGUUGAUUUUCGCGCCGGCGAGGGAGUCAAAGCUCUACCAGCGUCGUUGUUGGAAUGAGUAGUUGUUAUUGCUGCUAUCGUGUGCGAUCAAUGAAGUUUUUCAUGAAUGAAUGAAAACAAGUUGUAAAUGUGCGCGCGUACCUACUUCAUUCAAUAAAUACUUGGUGACGACUCUACCUAUACUACACAUGUGUUUGAAUGCAUGCCUGUGUGUACAUAUGUAUGUGUGUAUGUAUGUAUGUAGUACCUAUCUAUAGUAGUUAUUUUUUCAACGACUAGUUUUUCGAGUUACGCGGCUCGCGACCAAAUGCGCCAACGACGACGACAACGGACGUGAUUUCGAUCUAUCGAAUUCAUGGGCAGCAACAACCACACAGUAAACCCAACCGUUUUCAGCUAAACAAAAAAUCGUUUAAAAAUUGUAUUGAUGCGAAUCGAGUGCAGUUUGCGCUUGCAUAGAGGUGCCUAUAUUUGUAUACAAAAUUGUGCUGACGAGACGAAUAACACUUUAGUUGCAAGCAAUCAAAAACACACAUACACACAAAUUACAAAUAAAACAAACAAGCAACAAAAAUUGCAAAAGUUGCGCCAAAAAGCUCAAGGUGUGCAAGUAAAGCUCCAAAGUGUCAAUUACAAAAAGGUAAUAUACUGCAACAACAACAACUUCUAUAAUUAUAAAAUAAGAAAUCAGCAAUAAGUCACUAACCAGCGAAUGAAAUAAGAAAAUAUAAAAAAACUAUAUUGGAAUAAAAUCAAUUUUCGUUCCGAAAUUUAAAAAAUAAAAAAAAAUAUAAUAAAUAAAUAAAGGAAAAAAAAAACAAAAUGUGGCCACACACCAUCCUGGCAGUGUUGAUGUGUUCCCAACAACUAUGUACCGCUUGGUCGACACGUCUACCGCUUGAAGUGUACGAGCUGACGGCAACAGCAACAGCAGCCGCAGCAAACAGCGCGGCCGAUGAUAGCAGCAUAAAUAAUAAUACGCGACUUAGAGGCUUGGAAUAUUCCACAGCGAAUGCAAAAGCGUAUGUGCAACAAGCGGCAACAACAAAAACCGCAUCAACUAUACAACCGAUUGCAACAGAUUUGCAUUAUACGGCAGCAGGUGUGCCGCAACAGCAUCAACAACAUGAACAUAAUGCGGAUCAUCGCCGUUCACGCCAGAUGUUGCAGAUUAUCGAACAGCAACAACAACAACGUGAACACCAGCAACACAAAUAUCAUCGGGAAUCUCUGCUGCAGCAACAACAACAGUUAAAGCUUUCAAAAUUCACAAGCCCUUAUGCAGUAUAUGAGAAGGACGACAACAGCUAUAAUAGGCAACGACAUGGGGGGGCACACAUUACAGCUCAGAACGUCCGCAUACUCUAUCAAGUUGGGAAUUCUGAGGACGAUUUACCGAUUUGUGCACCGAAUGCUGUUUGCUCGAAAGUCGAUUUGUAUGACACACCUUGGAUCGAGCGACAGUGUCGCUGUCCGGAAUUGAAUCGCCAGCCACAUGUUAUACUACACCAUCAUCCCCAACACAGCAGCGUCUCCUCGGGUGAAGUCACACACGACAAAUACCGUAGCUACUAUGAAAGAGAGCGUAUGUUGCAACACAAGCGACUGCUAGCAGGCGACUUCAAUGAUAAGAAAUUCGAACAGCUACAUUUGAAGAAGUUGAUGCAACGUUUGGGAGCUGUCUACGAAGAGGAUUUACACUUGCAACCAACUGACUAUGCGGCAUCCUCAUCGCAUAGUGAGGCCAAUGACGCCUUACCCAAUUCGCAGGAAGACGAAGAGCUCAGUGAGCUUAGCGAUAAUGAAUUUCCACAUACACCAUCGCAUCGCAAUUAUUACUCGGUGGAGCCGACUACGGCUCAUAUGCGGCACUCCGGUCAUAAUGGGCAUCAUGCUAAGGAGUCCAUGAUCACCUUCAUUGGCGGCUGUCCGAGCGGAUUGCAUGUGGAUGAUGGUCAUACGAUUGUCGAUAAGACGCGUCACUAUAAAAUGUGCCAGCCGGUGCACAAGUUGCCUGUGUGCAAACAUUUUCGCGACUAUACAUGGACGCUUACCACUUCAGCUGAGCUAAAUGUGACCGAGCAAAUAGUUCAUUGCCGUUGCCCCAAGAAUUCGGUGACGUAUCUGACAAAACGAGAGCCCGCUAUAGAUGGCGCGAGCGGGUACACCUACCUCUUUGCUUGUUCACCCAUAACACGCAUUCGAUGUCAACGCAAACAGCCCUGUAAGCUAUUUACUGUACGUAAACGACAAGAAUUUCUCGACGAAGUCAACAUCAAUGCGCUUUGUCAAUGCCCGAAAGGACAUCUCUGCCCCAGCCAUCACACCCAAUCGGGUGUCAUCCCUGGCGAGAGCUUCUUGGAGGAUAAUAUACAAACCUAUUCAGGCUAUUGCAUGGCCAACGAUUGAUGGUCUGAGCCGCACAUAACGGGACAAAGACGCCAUCAAAGAAAUAGAAAAUUUAAAAAGCACAAAAAGGAAAAGCAAAAACAGGCAAGGCCGCUGCAGCAGGGUAGGCGAAAAACUGGGCAGUUGACCACAUUCCAACUACAGCUAAAUGUGGAUGUUUUGGUGGAAGCAACAGUGGAACGGGUACAAAAGAAACAUAGCUGAUAAAAAAAAAACUAAAAAAUAAAUUAAAAAAAAAAUUAUUAAACGAAGUUAGCGCGUUGACAGCAGCUACAAGAAAUUUAGUCAAAAAGGAGACAUGUAAAAAAACAAAAAAAAAAUACAUAGUUGACUGAGCCAAUUGAGUCUCGUCUUUUUAAUAACUUUAUGUAACGGACUAAGUAAAUGAAAAUUAGACAUACGAAAAUAAUGUUUUUGUUGUUUGCUUAACAUGACUAGGAUAUACUGUAACUAAUCUUUACAUGCAAAUAUAAAUAUGUAUUUAUAUUUUAUUAAAAUAAGUUAUUUUAUUGGUAAUGUAAGGGCAGCAGUCUGCUGAAAUAUUAAUGGCGGGUCUCUAUAGGGUAGAUACAUACCAGCAACUUAAUAGAGUGUACUAAAUAUUGUCUAGGCCUAGUGCAGUGUGUAUGAUAAUGAUAAUGACGAAGGUGGACUAUUGUAAAUUGUAAAUAUUUCUACUUUUAUUAAGCAUAAAAUUAAAAAAAAAAAAUAAAAAAAAGAAAAAACGACAAAUAGAAGGCUAAAGAAAACAUAUUUUUAUACAAAUAAAACAAAAAUAUUACACAAUAUAUAAGAAUAUUUAUUCCAGUUGCUCUACUUGUAGCUGGAGCAUAAUCCAAGAGUGCCAAUUAUUAGGUGCAGUCUUAAUUAAAUAAGUUAUGAAAAUCAGGUACGCAGUAACACAUUAAGCAACCAAUCUAUAAAAUCAACAUAUAAAGACAAACUGAAUUGUACCUGAAAGCAGUUAUAAAGAAGUCUAAGCGUAGAAAAAAAUAUUAAGAAUUACACUAAACUGAUUUAAAGGAGCAGAAAUAGUUUUGAGCAAAAAAGGGCAAGCGCCGAGAGAUAUGUGAAGAAUUACACUAAAGUGAAAUAUUAUAGCAGAAGUAAUUUCAAGUAGAUACUUAAUGAGGUUUACACUUCGACCUUAUGGUCCUUUGUACCCUAAUUUCAAUGGCGCCAUGAGAAGCGAGAGGAAUAUUUCGAACUGCACUAAAGUGUAGUAAAAGUAGAGAAAUAAUUUCGAGCAAAACAGGGCAAGUAGUGAAAGAUACCAAGAUACCUUUUAUGAAGAACUACACUAAAGUGAAAUAAUACAGCAGAAGUAAUUUCAAGUAAAAAAGUCUAGGGAGAUGAAAAAUUAUUACUUUAGUGUAAAGUGAAAUAAAAGAGCAGAAAUAGUUCUGAGCAAAAAAAAUGAUACAAAUAGCGACAGAUACCAUAUAUGAAGAACUAUCAUAUAUUAAAGUGAAAUAAUAUAGCAGCAGUAAUUUUUAGUAAAAAAGUCCAGAAAGCGAAAGAAAUAUUGCGAACACCAAAGUGAAGUAAAACAGCAGAAAUAGUUUUGGUAAUAUUUCUAAAGAAAAUAAAAAAAAUAUUAGAACUGCACUAAAGUAAAAUCAUAAAACAGCAGAAAUAGUUUUGUUUACAGUUUUAAAGAAAAUAAAAAAAAUAUUAGAACUACACUGAAGGGAAAUAAAAAAACCGGCAUAAUUUUUAAUGAGCAAAAAAACGACUCAUAAACCAAAUUUUUAUUGUUAUUAAUAAAAAGAAUUUAAUAAAAAUAAGCAAGCAAAAUGUUUAUAUAGUUUUUGGUAAUAUAACAAACAACCCAGCAUAUGUUUCUGACUAAACAGAUACAUACAAUAAUUUUCCGACAGAACAAUUUCAAAGAAGUAAGAAAUAGUUUUUUUGCUUCCAAAAUUGCGCAAAGUAUCAAAUACCGUAAAGUAGGACCAACAAAUUGAAUAUUUUUAUGAAUAAAAAAAAAAAUACAAUACAAAAUUUAAUUUUGUUUGGAGAAAUUAAAGCUGAAAAAAUUUUAUUUUGAAAUGAAAAUCAAUAUAUAUUAGAACUAUAUUACAUUAAAGUGAAAUAAAAAAGCAGACUUAAUUUUUAUGGAAAAAAAAACUCAAAAAGCAAAGUUUAGCUGUUAUUGAUAAAAAGGAUUUAAUAAAAAUAGCAACGAGCAAAAAAACAUUUUUAUAUAGUUUCUGGUAAUAUAACAAGUAACCCAGCACAUGCUUUUGACUAAACAGGUUCAGAAUACAACAAUAUUGGUGGCAAAACAGAAAUGAAAACUAUUCUGUUUUCCUGUUUUUAGAAAAUUGCCCAAAGCACGUAAUUUUAGAUUUUAUUAAAAAAAUAUUUUUUUUACAAAAUUGCCCAAAGCACGUAAUUUAAAAUUUUAUUAAAAAAAUAUUUUUUUUUUAGAUUACAGCUUAAUUUAUUUACUCUGUGCUUCUCAUCUUCAAACUCGUGUGCUAAAAACCAUUAAAAACAAAACAAAAAAUUUACUAAAUUAAAUUUAGUUCAUAAAAUGAUAAAACAUCAAUAUAGUUCAUUCAUUUUCUUUUUUUUGCUUUAAUAAAAUUGCACCACUCAUCAACAACACGCAAAUUGGUAAUUAUUAUGAAUCAAAAGAUGCAGCACAAUAAAAAAUACAUAAACAAAUAAAUGUUGAUUGAAAUUUUUUUUUUAUAUAAUAUUUGCAUUUCACACAUCGAUAAGCAAAGAAGCAAAAUAGAUUUUUUAUACAAAAAUGGUAAAAAUUGUUAGUUACUUUUACUGAGAAAUCAGCAAUAAAAUUAAAAAUUUCAUUACAUGAUGAAAAACAAGUAAAUGCAAAGUUGUUACUGAUAAAAAAUAUACAAAGCAAAAAGACAAAAAGUAUUUUUUAUUUACGAACAAGAACAAAAAAACCUUAAAAAUACCAAAAUAGAAACAGAAAUAAAGAUUGUCAAAGUAAAAUUGUAAUCUUUUUUUCUAAUUUUAGCAAGCAAUGU